AAAUGCAUAUUCCUCCUGCUCUCCCCUUCCUCCUCCUUCUUCUUCUUUGUCAGCAUGGUUCUGUAUUCAGUGCUAGGACUUCAUAUGUGAGUUACGGGGCGCUCCAAAGGAACAAUGUUCCUUGUUCUCGUCGAGGAGCAUCCUAUUAUGCUUGUGCAGAUCAAAAUUUCAAUUGUAGUGCAGAUGGGGGUUUGCCUUGUGAUGAAGUGUAUGCUCUGAAAGCAGUCAUAUCAGCAUUGGGGUUGCCAGUGCCCCAAAUUUCACGUUCUUACUGCUCGGAGAAGAGCUUCUAUUACAACAGCAUUUCCACCACCUGCGACUGCGAUGCUACCACUACCAUUUGUCACAUCACCACUAUAGCUACGUACAGCAUAAGCGUAAGUGGACACGUCCAUGAGUGGCUAUCGAAACUCAUUUACCUGAAGAAGAUUGAUCUUUCCCAGAAUCAGCUUCGUGGUAGCAUUCCAAACUUGGUGAACUUAACUCGGCUAACGAGUUUAAAACUUGGACAAAAUCACCUAUCUGGGCCAAUUCCACCUACCUUGGGGAAGCUGAAAGCUCUGGAAAUGCUUGAUCUGCAAAAGAACUUCCUGAAUGAAACCAUACCUCCCUCUUUAGGGAAUUUGAUGAACCUUACUACCCUGUCUUUGAGUAAUAAUAUGUUAUCAGGUCAAAUCCCUAAGGAAUUGGGCACCCUCUUAAAUCUCACUUCACUGAGAUUGGAAGAUAAUCAACUCUCUGGUUAUCUCCCACCAGAACUUGGAAAAUUGAGCAAGCUUGAAGAACUUUAUUUGAACUCCAACAAUUUGAGUGGAGGGUUGCCAGGAAGUUUUGCCAAUCUUAGAUCUCUGGUUUUAUUUAGAGUUGCUGGGAACAAGUUGAGUGGUAAGAUACCACUAUUCAUUGCAAAAUGGACCAACCUCACUGACCUGUACCUCAUGGGAAAUGAUUUUGAAGGGGAGCUUCCUCCUGAAAUCUUUAAUAUGCCCGGUCUUCAAUCUUUGUGGAUAAGUGAUCUUAACAACACUGGUUUCUCAUUCCCAAAGUUUGCAAAUAUGACAAGCAUAAAUUACCUGAUUAUGAGGAAUUGCUCACUCGGCGGUCGAAUCCCCAAAUACAUUGGUGAUAAUUGGACAUCAUUAAUGCACCUAGACUUGAGCUUUAACAACUUAAGUGGUCGGAUCCCACGGUCUAUGAAAAAUCUAUUUCUUAAUAGAUUGGGUCUCGCAAGCAAUAUGCUUAGUGGGCCAAUUCCUUCCUGGAUUCGUGAAAUGUAUAAGGUGGAUCUGUCGUAUAAUUAUAACUUCACAAAUCCACAGUACCAUAAUUCAACAAAAUACAAGAACAAACAAAAACUAAACAUGACUGAACCAAAUAGGGGUUCUAUACUUGCGUUGAGCAACCAAUGUAAAUCAAAACAGCAUUCCUUGUUUAUAAAUUGCGGUGGUCCACAAACUCUUGCUGAAGGGAAUCAAUACGAUGAAGAUAAUGCAACAACAAAUUUUUACAGCAUUCCAGGAAAGUGGGCUUAUUCUUGUUCUGGAGACUUCAUCUCAACAACCAGCAAUCCAAGCGAUUACGUAAAAAAGAUGGCCUGUGGAGUUUCUAUUUCAGAAGAAUCAUUAUAUAAAACAGCUCGGCUUUGACCUGUCUCUCUGAUAUACUACGGGUUCUGUCUGCAUAAAGGAAAUUACACGGUGAAACUUCACUUUGCUGAAACUGUUUAUACGCAGGACGAAGACUAUAGCAGCUUAGGGACUCGUAUUUUCGAUGUAUAUAUUCAGGGUGAGAGGAAACUGAAGGAUUUCAACAUAAAAGAGAAGGCCAAAAGUACAAAUGAAGCGUGGAUAGAAAAGUUCCCUGUAAUUGUGGAUGACCAUCCAUUGGAAAUUCAUUUUUUCUGGGCUGGCAAAGGAUCUCUAGAUAACCCACCUGCUCUCAAUGGACCUCUUGUAUCUGCCAUUUCUGUAACUCCAAACUUCGAUGUUCAUAAUGGGAAACUGUCUGCUUCUCAAAUAGCCGGGAUCACCAUAGGUUGUGCAUUUCCCCCGUUACUUCUAUUUCUUUUCAUAUGGAAAA